AUGGAGCGGCGAAGAGCAAAGGUGCUUGAAGAGACGCCAGCGGCGUCGGGCUCUGAGUUCGCUGGCUCAGAAGGAAUCCAGGUUUGGGCACACAUGGCGCUCGGCAGCACUCCUGCUGGACAAACGCAAGAAGGCGGCGGCACUGCGCAUGUCGCUAGAGGUGAUGCUACGGGACAGUACCGUCUUGGGCCAGAUCCACUGAAAGCAGCGGCACUAAAGCAUCAUAUUACCAGACCUGGCCAUAGAAGAUUACGAGCUAGGACGGAGCCGUCUCAAAUAGGCCUAGUUACCAACCCUGGUCUCUACUCAUUGGGCACCGAACAAUUUGGAACGCUUGAUACGAGUGUGACCGUGACCGUGACCGCGACCGUGACCGUGACCGUGACCGCGACCGCGACCGUGACCGUGUAUCCCGCCGGCACCUGGGAGGCUCCCGACACCACCUGCGCCUCCGUGAAGUCAUUGCCGUGUCUUCACACUGCAACGACCCGUUCUCCGAAGCCACUGCCACUGCCAUCCCGCGGAAAGGAGGCCGAGACAACAACAUUACUAGUAGUCACCAUUAUUAUGCUUCCGAAAUCUUGGUCUUUGAAGAAUAUCCCAGUCUGCGAGCAUCUGGACAUGUCCUCAGCAAUGCUUGUCGCUAGACGGAUAAUGCGACGAGACCUUCCGAACGUUCAUGCGAUCCCCAUGAAUCAACAGCUUGGAGAGAAGCUCUUCGCACGCAUCGAGAUCACGCAUCAUUACGCCGUCUAUUCUAAAGCCAGAAAUCUAAAAUCCUGUCAAGGAAACCGUUCCUGGUGGCGGGUCGACAAACCUCAUUCGGUCGCGCGCCAAUUCUUCCCUACGAUCAAGGGUUUGGCGCAGAAUCAAGGCUCGAUGCAGAACUUACCUGAUGGACAUACCUUGGUGAGCUGGGGUCUCAUUGCUGAAUUCUCUGAAUUCGAUCAGCAGGGAAAGACUGUCUUGGAUGUUGCUUUUGCGGAGACGACGACUCAUGAGACUAACGAUUAA